CCCCAAAAAAUGUUUUAGCUGACAUGGGCUAAUUGAGUGACUGUCAGUGACUGACAUAGCAAGAUAAAAACUGCUGAAGCAAAACCAAAAUUGAAAACGGCACCUUGUGUAUUCUACUAUUCUAACUCUCAACAAUAAGUUGAGACCCUGACUGAGUUCCAUUCUUUUUUUUUAUUGAUCCGCGGGCUUACAAAAGGGGAUCCACGGCCACCAGUUGCCCAUCCCUGAUCUAGACUGCAUCCCAAAUGGCACCCUAUUCCCUAUAUAGUGCCCUGCUUUUGACCAGGGCCCAUAGAGUUCUGAUCAAAGGUAGGGCAUAUAUUUGGGAAAUGGCACCAUUUGGGAUGCACCCAUAGUCUAUUUUACCGUCUCCCUGAUGUUAGAAAAUUCCAGCGCUAACUCUAACUCACCCUUUCAUGGAUAUUUUCAGUCGAAAGAAUCCAUUGCCUGCAAAAGGGAUAAAUAGAUGAGUACUGUUAAUUAUUAAAACUAUCUAACCCUUGACCUCUACGGGACUAGCCUAUAUACAUGUACACCACAAACACACCCUCUGAUUGGUUCUUUGGUCAGUUGCAGAACACACAGUAUAGAGAAUAGGAGGUAAGUAUGGGGAAGACAAAGAGCUACCUACUUCUCAUUCAUCUCCUCCCCUGAGAAUUCGAGUUCUGAGGAGGAGCUUCUCCGGGCCAAGGACAGGUUGUAAUGAAAAGUCUGCUGUGGCUCCCAUGUGUUAGAUGGGCCGGCUAAGUCCUGAUCAGCCUCCUGCAUCUCACUCUCUGCUUCAGUCUCCUGUGACUGAGAUGGGCCGGCUGACUCUGGAUCAGCCUCCUGCAUCUCACUCUCUGCUUCAGUCUCCUGUGACUGAGAUGGGCCGGCUGACUCUGGAUCAGCCUCCUGCAUCUCUCUCUCUGCUUCAGUCUCCUCUGACUGAGAUGGUCCGGCUGACUCUGGAUCAGCCUCCUGCAUCUCUCUCUGAGAUUUUACAUAUCACCUUUCUCAACUCUCAUUAAUUAGCCUACAUUAUUUAUCACUAUAUAUCACCUUGGCGAUCACCUUUACCCAAUUACUCACUAUUUCUGAAUUUGGCAGAUGGCAAGACUUAUCUUGCCUUUUAAAAUGUUUAAUAUAAAAAAUAUACAUCUCUAUUUAAAAAAAUCUGAAAAACAAAGCCUACCUCAAAUUCUUUCUUCUCCAUAUUAUCUCCAGUUGUAUCACAUAUUAAUGCUUUUAAAAAAUUAUGAUACAAUUACAUUGCAAUAAAAUGCGGGAUAAUACAUUUUCAACCACCAACGACACCAACUUGAUGACUGAAUGAAUAGUCAAAUGUUAUCUGAUCUGUUUCGAACGUGAUCACGUAUGACGUAAUAGAUAUACAUCGCAGACGUAAUUGUGCGGUAACUGCAACAGUCAGCAGGUAGCGGCAAAAUCAACAAUGAAAACAACAGAUACCAGACUAGACCACUGAGCGUUACACACCAUUACAGUCAAAUCAAUUCUGCCUCAUAAAAAAAGUUGCUUCGCCUCGGGCCUCAGAACAGCCUUUUCGUGAGUUGUCACACAAUAAUUAUCGGGUUCUCAGGCAUUAUUGCUUAAAUGACAACAACAGAUACCAGACUAGACACUAUUCCAGUCAAAUCAAUUCUGCCUCAUAAAAAAUAAAAAUCGGCCACCACAAGCAGACUUCAUCCAAAAUAUGUAAAAGAAAAUUGUUUCAAAGUGUGUUUGUAAAAUGUAAGGCUCUGAUAUAUAUUUACACCUACGCCUGUUUCUUUGAUAAAAAACAAACAAACAAACAUGUACACCCACUUAAAAAACCCAUCCACCCUUUGCAACAGAUACCAUUUUGGUUAAUAAUAAUAAUAAUUAGUCUGCUGAUAUCAACCUUUGGUGUUGCUAUGCUAUAUAAUUAGCACUUCCCAAUGUCUAGACUCGAAUAUUUGACAGCACAUGUCGAUAUCACCAUUAACUGUUGUGUGGCGCUAGAAUGCACAAAAGAACAUGGGUGAUUAAAAGCAGGCAACAUGUCAAUCAAUUUUUGACCUCAUCCAAGCCCCACCCAUUCACUGGGCAGCCUUUAUAAACUAGCUCUCAUCAUCAUCUCAGCCUUACUCAUUUUGUCUCUGUCUUGAACGGUUGUGUCGUCACAUGUAGAAAAGUUUGUCUUUUCUCGUCAGCAGAUUCUGUGGGGAUUUCCUGCUUCAGUACCCUGAAUGUCAACCAUGUUUCAGUGUUGCUCCUUUCAGGGGUUUGUAUAUAAAACAAAGUCCUAUGUUUAGGCCCUAAUUAUGACAGCAUGACCUGUGUUUGUGAGUUAUGGAGGUGGUGCUUCCAAAGGACUGCUGUAUGUAUAAAGGUGAGUGAGUCAUCCCUGGAACGCCCACUGCUGCCAAGCCCUCAACACACAAUACAACCACAUAGCUUUAAAUGGGUUGUGCUUGACUGGUUUGUUAGCAUACCUGUUUUCUUCAGACUCAUAACCCUCAGUUUUCAUCCUGACAUGAUAUUGAGUGUUAUGAGUCCCUAUCCUGCAAAAUAUACGUCACAGUCAUUUUACUGUAAUAGCAUGAUGAGGGAAGGCCAAAAAGGAGGGAUAUGGCUCAUAGACUUCUACUUAAAUUUACGACAGUAGAGCAGACAGACUGAACUCUCAAUGAACUGCCAGUGGAUCUUGGUGUGGAUGGCCUAACAUUGAAUUAGACUAGAGUGAAUGACAUAAGGACAUGGAGGGUGUGUUCUGCAACAAUGACACAGUGUCAGUGACAUACCAUAUUACAUCAUACUGGAAAAUCCACAGUGAUACUGCACGUUACCUAAAAGUGUGUAACAGUGUAUUUGACCUUAACCUUGCGCAUGUGUGUGUUGUGUGUGUGUUUCCAGGGGUGCUGGAUGAUGAGGAUGUCCGUGCGAUGAUGCGCGGUUCCAACAUGGUGAAGGUACGCUCCCAGAGGUGGCAGAAGAGCCGCAGCCUGCGUCUGCUGGAGGACGGGGUCACCGUGUGGUGUGAGUCCACCAAGAGCUCCCGCAAGGCCAAGGCACAACAGACCUUCUCAGUGACAGAGGUGGAGUGUGUGCGUGAGGGCUGCCAGUCUGAGGCUCUGCGGAGGCUAUCUGGGUCGGUACCAGAGAAUCAGUGCUUCACGGUGGUGUUCAGAGGAGCCAGGAAGAGUCUGGACCUCCUCUGCCCAUGUGAGGAGGAGGCGAGGCACUGGGUCCGAGGGAUCCGCACCCUGAAGGAACGCGUGGCCAACAUGACCCAGAAGGAGAAACUGGAUCACUGGAUCCGUGGCUACCUGAAACGGGCUGAUGAGAAUGACGAUGGGAAGAUGAGUUAUGACGAGGUCAAACGCCUGCUGCAGAUGAUCAACAUAGACCUGAAUGAACAGUAUGCAUGCUCACUAUUCAAGAAAGCUGACCGGUCGUGUGACGGCCGUCUGGACCACGUAGAGAUCGAGGAGUUCUGCAGGGAGCUGAUGAGGCGGCCAGAGCUGGACGCGGUGUUCAGACACUACUCUGGUAACGGCUGUGUUCUGUCCACCGCUGAGCUGAGAGACUUCCUGGGAGACCAGGGGGAGGACGCAUCACUGAUCCACGCUCAGAGCCUCAUCCGCACCUACGAGCUCAAUGACUGGGCCCAGAAGAACCAGUUCAUGACUCAGAAUGGCUUCACCAUGUACAUGCUGUCCCUGGAGAACGAUGUGUUUAACCCUGACCACGCCAGGGUGCACCAGGACAUGACCAGACCCCUGGCCCACUAUUUCAUCUCAUCCUCACACAACACCUACCUCACCAAGGAUCAGGUCACCAGUGCCAGCAGUGCCGAGCCAUACAUCAGAGCUCUGAACCAGGGCUGUCGCUGUGUGGAACUGGACUGUUGGGACGGGGACAAAGGAGAGCCUGUCAUCUACCAUGGACACACCCUUACUUCUAAAGUGCCCUUCAAAGAGGUAAUCGAGACCAUCGCCCAGUAUGCCUUCAAGGCCUCCCCGUACCCCCUGAUCCUGUCCCUUGAGAACCACUGUACGGUUGAGCAGCAGGCGGUCAUGGCCCGACACCUGCGCACCAUCCUGGGCGAGAGGCUGCUCACCAAGCCCCUCAACAACCAGCCUCUGAAGGACCUGCCCUCUCCUGAGGAGCUGAGGGGUCGUAUCCUGGUGAAGGGGAAGAAGGAUGUUCAUCACCUGAGCCAGCUGGGGAAGACCAGCAGCUUUGAUACCAGCUCGGACGACGAGGCAUCAAGCAGCAACAAAAAGGACAAAAAGGACCCUGCCAAGGCGGUCUCAUCUAAGCUGAGCCCAGAACUGUCUGAACUGGUGGUGUACUGUCGAAGUGUCCCCUUCCGCGGGUUCCAACACUCCGCCCAGAAAACACCCAAUGAAUUGUCAUCCUUCAAUGAGAAUGACGCCCUCAAACACAUCAAGGACACAGGAAAGCUGUUUGUCAGACACAACAGCAGGCAGCUGAGCCGGAUCUACCCCUCCGGGCAGCGGCUCCAGUCCUCCAACUACGACCCCCAGGAUAUGUGGAACGGCGGCUGCUCGAUGGUGGCUCUGAAUUUCCAGACUCCAGGGGAGCAGAUGGAUCUGAACCAGGGCCGCUUCCUGCCUAACGGCCGCUGUGGAUACAUCCUCAAACCCAGCUUCCUGUGCAGCCCCAGCUCCAACUUCAACCCAGAGAUCACAGGAGGCGGGCCAGGUCACAUCCCCACACAGCUCACCAUACGGAUAAUAUCAGCACAGCAGCUUCCUAAGAUCAACACAGACAAGCCCAACUCCAUUGUGGACCCGCUGGUGUGGGUGGAAAUUCACGGGGUGGCCAUUGAUAAUUCCAGAGACAAAACCCACCGAAUCGACAACAAUGGUUUUAACCCACGCUGGGACAGCACUUUGAGCUUCCAGCUGCAGGUCCCUGAACUGGCCCUGGUACGCUUUGUAGUGGAAGACCAUGACCACAAAGCCAAGAACGACUUUGUGGGCCAGUACACCUUGCCCUUCACCAGCCUCCGCACAGGUUACCGCCAUGUCCACUUGCUGAAGGCAGAUGGCUCCAGCCUCUCUCCUUCCACCCUGUUCAUCCAUGUCAAGGUGUCCCGUAAGGGGGUCCCCAUCAAGACUGUGUCCGAGCGCAUGGCCUUGGCCAAGAGUAAGGGCAAAGCAUGACCCCCAUCUACCUGAACUAGUGCCACACUUAUCUGAGAAGCGUCAUGCUUAUUUCAUCUUGGGGAGGGGAAAGUCUCCCUAAUUGGGGUGAAAAGGACAAGCUGCUGCCUGCCUAUGUCCCAGUGCUCAUCUCAUACACCCAAUUUAGAGUUGGCAGGACCUAUAAGGCUCCCUGGCUACAGAGGGGAAGACAUCAGUCCUCCUCAGUCAAACCUGGAUGGAAGUCUUGCCGAAUAGUGUUGGCUGUUGCUGUUGUAAGAGUAUUCUGUACUCUGUCGUCAGUGCAUUCAGAGUGUUCGUGUCUGUUUCCAUAGAGACAUGACUCUGGUGCUGACCUGUUUUACACCAGAACUCUACCUGGCAGCCGUCAGCUUAUUAUGAAGCCGAUAUAGAGUUUUUAUUUCACUCAAAGCCAUGUCUGUGUCCUGGAGUCCCUGGAGCAGAUCAUUAAGACGUUUCCCAACAUUCUUUACAUAUUUAAAGCUCUUUGAGUACCUCAGUUGGUAGAAAAGCGCGAUAUAAAUCCAAUCAAUUAUUAUUACUUUUUUACUAUUACAGAAUAUUAUGUUUUUAACUUAUAAAAGCGUUUUAUCAGGGAAAGACUUGUAGUUGAGCACCUUUUUCCAGGACAACGAUAGUGUUAUAUGACUAAAUGUUAUCGGUCAAUGAUGUCUAGCUAGGUGUUGUGGUAUUGGUCUGUCACACCUGGCAUGACACAGUCCAAAAUACUGAAUGAACGCCUUAACCUUAGUGACAUAAUUUAUACAUUAAUGUUUUUGUAAUGUGUUUGCAACAAAUUGUGUUUGUUGCAAUUUAUGAAACACACUUCUUUCAGUGUGCAAUUGCUGAUAGAAGUUUUUAGAUUAUAUUUAACAUUGUUGUAAAAUGGUAUAUUCUAAUGUAGUUACAGUAUUCUAAUUCUCUCAGUAAAAUGAAUUCCUUUGCAUACUGUAUGUACUUUCUCUGACACUAACUUCCUUUAGCUUAAUAAAAUGGGCGGCGCACAAUUGGCCCAGCGUCGUCCAGGGUAGGGGAGGGAAUGGCCGGCAGGGAUGUAGCUCAGUUGA